AUGCAUACUGAUGAUCAUGCCCACUCAAUUCCACGCAAGCGCCGCCGUCCGGCGCUGUCGUGCGAAAAAUGCCGCCAACGGAAAGUCCGAUGCGACCGGAAAAUGCCGUGCGAACCAUGCACGAAGAGCCACGGAUCGCUGAGCUGCUCGUACGUCUAUGAGGGCAAAGCUGCUCUGAAUGCAAGGCUUGAGGCAUCCAGGAGGAGUGAGCAUGGAUCACCAGUUGAUCAUAACGGGACACAUGGCUCAUCUGGGAAUGCUAGUUCUGUAGAGGGAGCUACCAAUGGAGCGCGGGUUGCACACCUGGAGAGCAGCGUGCGGGCUCUUCAUGAUCGUCUAUCAAGGCUAGAAUAUCAGGUCAAUGGUACAACAAGACGCCAUCUGCCAUCUAACGGCAACCCUGAUGCGAUAAAUAACAUAAGUGGUCUGGAUGAUCGCAUUGCUGAGCUGGAGCGGCUUUCUGAUCAACCGCAGACGACCAUUUCCCCUCUAGCUCCCCGACUCAAGAGCACUGGCGAGAGAACAAAAUUGUUUGGCACGACGCACUGGGCCCUUGUUUUCCAGCAGUUUCGUCUUUUGCGUCAAGUGCGCAGCACAGCCAGCUACACUGAUGGCAAUCAAAAUGAAAUUAGCAAGCUACUCAAAGAAAUUCGGGGCUUGAGGCGGCUUAUCAAAAGCCGACAAGCGCCACAGCUGGCAGACCCAGCCCCGGCCCUACUCAACGAUCUACCUUCAAGAGAAACCUGCGAUGAGCUCGUCCACCACUACUUGCGCACUCUAGGGUUGAUAUACCGAGUCUUGCAUAUUCCCUCGUUCUACCAGGACUAUGAACGCUUCUGGGAGAACCCGCGUUCUGCUUCGACAGGGUUUGUGAUGGAACUCCUGCUGAUCCUGGCUAUUGGGUCGAUAUUCCGUUGCAAACCAGGUCCUUCAAAUGAUCUCGGGAUACCGGUUCGGCGCUGGAUUUAUGCCGCGCAGUGGUGGCUGUCAGGCCCGUUCGAAAAAGAGCUUGGCAGUCUGGAAAGCUUACAGGUGCAUUGCCUUUUGCUUCUCUGUCGCCAGGCCUAUGUGAUUGACAAGGAAUCCAACUGGAUGGCUGCCGGCACCUUGUUGCGUCAAGCUAUUAAUCAAGGUUUACACCGAGACGCGAGAAACUUCCCAACAGUUUCUAUCUUUGACGCUGAGAUGCGACGUCGCAUAUGGGCCACUGUUCUCGAAAUUAACAUUCAGUUCUCAAUUGAUGCGGCCAUGCCUCCACUACUCACUCCGCAAGACUACGAUACGCGCCCACCGUCAAACCUGAGUGAUGAUGACUUUGAUCGGUCGACGACAGACCUGCCGCCUCCUCAGCCCAAUGAUCGGUAUACCACGUCAUCCCUCCAGGUUCUUCUUUUCCAGUCUUUCCCCACGCGUCUUCGCAUUGCACGAAUUAUCAACGAAUGCUUCCACGAGCCAUCGUAUGAGGCUGCCUUGCAUUUGGGCGGCCAGAUAACUGUAGCCUGCAGGGAAAUGGCCGUUCUCUUUCACACAUGGCUCUCACGAGCCGGCGGAAGCACUCUUCGACCGACCCAGUUCCAUCACCGGGUCAUGGACAAUGUACUACGACGCUUCUUGCUUAAUCUCUACCGCCCAUUCACAAUCCAAGCAACUCAUGAUCCGCGAUUCUAUCUGUCCCGAAAGCUCAGUCUCGACUCCGCUCUCAUGAUGGCCUCCUACGCAGGCAGCCCCAGCACAUCCUCAGACACAGACCAAACACCAUAUCAAGAUUUCCAACGACUAUCUCUGUCUGGGGCUGGCAUUUUCAAAGGCCAUCUCUCCCCUGACGUUAUGAUGGUAAUCAGCCUAGAACUCAUCACCCAACUAGAAGAGGAAGUCGCCGCACAACCAACCGGCCCUGGACCCCAGAUCCUAACCGCAGUGGAUCAACUAGUACAGGAAGCUCGCAAACCGAUCAUCCAAGCCCUCGAGCGCAUCAACGAGGAUCUUUACCAAGGCUUGGCUACCGGAAACCCGAGCAUGAAGCGCUAUUGUCUCUCAGCAGGUGUCCUUGCUCAGGUCCAUGCCGUGCCUCGCGGAGAGCAGGCAGAGUGGGUUCAUAUACGAGAAGCAUUCAUGGAGAGUAUGAGAACAUGUCGCACACUACUACAGCAACAUAUCUCGAGUGAUUCCCUCAUGACUAUGAAAGACGGGACGCUACCUACGUCUGCUGAUGAAGUAGUGAGGGGGUUCACACCUGAAAGUGCAAUUGGGUCGACCCUAGACUCGGAAUUUACGGUUCCAAAUCUUGGCUUCGAGGACUUGAACUUCUGGGAUAUUCCUGCUUUUUUUGACGCGGGAGAGUUUUGA